GUAUGCUUUGAUCGGCUGGACUAAGCAGUCGUUCCAGCUCUAAACUCACUGCCAGAUAGAGAACGAGAGAGAGGGAGGUAGAGAGAAAGCGAUUAGACGAGGCGAAAGAGAGUGAGCGCUUAAAGAUGAUGCGCCGUCAAAUGUCCUAUCGCUUUGAAGAUCAAGAUGCAUCUCCCAUUGCGCUGAGGAUGAAUCGUCGCUUUUCACGCGUGGAGUCCGGCGCGGACCUAAAGGAUUACUUUGAUCGUGGCGAUAUUGCAUCGCGUGAGAAUCGCUGGAACUUUGAGGUCGCAUGGGAGGUGGCCAACAAAGUCGGUGGCAUCUACACGGUCAUACGCUCUAAGGCCUAUGUCUCCACCGAAGAAAUGGGCGAGCAGCUGUGCAUGAUGGGGCCCUACAAGGAGCACUGUGCACGCACCGAAAUGGAGGAGCUGGAGUUUCCACGUGGCAAUCCACUGCUUGAUGCUGUGAACGCACUACGCUCGCGUGGCUAUAAAAUUCAUACUGGUCGCUGGCUGGUGGAUGGUAAUCCGCAGCUCAUACUCUUCGACAUUGGCUCGGCUGCAUGGAAGUUAGAUCAGUUUAAGUCCGAGCUAUGGGAGAAGUGCCAUAUUGGUGUGCCUCAUUUGGAUAUUGAGACAAACGAUGCCAUUAUUUUGGGUUUCAUGAUUGCCGAGUUUCUGGAGGAGUUCCGCAACUGCGCAAUCAAUUAUUCCCAAAACAAUGAGUUGAGUCCGCCUCGUAUUGUGGCGCACUUUCACGAAUGGCAGGCCGGUGUGGGUCUUAUAGUACUGCGCACACGUCUUGUGGAAAUUGCCACGGUUUUCACCACGCAUGCCACACUCUUGGGCCGUUAUCUAUGCGCCGGUAAUACUGAUUUCUACAACAAUCUGGACAAGUUUGCUUGUGACGAGGAGGCUGGCAAGCGUCAGAUCUAUCAUCGUUAUUGCUUGGAGCGUGGCGCCACACACCUGUCGCAUGUCUUUACCACUGUCUCGGAGAUUACGGGCUAUGAGGCGGAGCAUCUGCUCAAGCGUAAGCCAGACAUUAUCACGCCCAAUGGCUUGAAUGUAAAGAAAUUCUCAGCCAUACACGAAUUCCAAAACUUGCAUGCUGUGGCCAAGGAGAAAAUCAAUGAGUUUGUGCGUGGGCAUUUCUACGGCCAUAUGGAUUUCGAUCUGGACAAAACGCUUUACUUCUUCAUUGCUGGUCGCUAUGAGUUUGGCAACAAAGGAGCUGACAUUUUCAUCGAGUCGUUGGCUCGCCUCAACGCCAUGUUGAAGCAUGAGAAACCAGACACUACGGUGGUCGCCUUCCUCAUCUUUCCCACCAAGACCAACAACUUUAAUGUGGACUCGCUGCGUGGUCAUGCGGUCAUCAAGCAACUGCGUGAUACCAUCAACAGUGUGCAGCAAGCCGUGGGCAAGCGCAUGUUUGAUACCUGCCUGAAGGGCCACAUACCCGGCCCAGAUGAGCUGUUGCAAAAGGAUGAUUUGGUCAAGAUAAAGCGUUGUAUGUUUGCCAUGCAACGUGACUCCAUGCCGCCAGUGACCACGCAUAAUGUGUCCGAUGAUUGGAACGAUCCCGUGUUGGCCUCAAUCAGACGUUGCCAUUUGUUCAAUUCAGUGAACGAUCGUGUCAAAAUGGUCUUCCAUCCGGAGUUUUUAACCUCGACAAAUCCGCUAUUUGGCAUUGAUUACGAGGAAUUCGUGCGUGGCUGCCACUUGGGCGUCUUCCCCUCAUACUAUGAGCCCUGGGGCUAUACACCCGCCGAAUGCACCGUUAUGGGCAUACCCAGCGUUACGACCAAUCUGUCUGGCUUUGGUUGCUUCAUGCAGGAGCACAUUAGCGAUCCCAAAUCCUAUGGCAUCUACAUUGUAGAUCGUCGCUAUAUAGGCCUUGAAAACAGCGUGCAGCAACUCUCAAGCUUUAUGAUGGAGUUCUCCAGAUUGAAUCGCCGCCAGCGCAUUAUACAGCGCAAUCGUACUGAGCGCCUGAGCGAUCUGCUUGACUGGCGUACGCUGGGCAUUUACUACAGACAGGCUAGAGUGAAGGCCUUGCAGGCUGUAUAUCCGGAUUAUUUGGAUGAUACUUCCACGUUUGGCUCACGCAGCAAUUUAAUGUUCUCACGGCCACACAGCGAGCCGCCCAGUCCGACCUCAUCGCGUCACACUACGCCAGCGCCAUCUGUGCAUGGCUCCGAUGAUGAGGACUCUGUGGAUGAGGAAACCGAGCUCAAGGAAUUGGGCAUCAAGUAAACUCUGACCUCCGGCUGCAGCGGCCACGCGAACAAAACCAUACAGCGCAAUAUUACAAUAAGUUUAGUAAUUUUGAUUCAAAUUGUUCAGAAGAUAUUUACCUAAUGCUACAAAAAUGUUGUUUCCAUACGCACAUCAGCAACAAUUAGUAGAAAUUUUAAAAUGUUGCCACUAUGAGAAAAUUUAAUUAAAUGUUGUUUAGUCUAUAAGCUGAGAAAAGUGUUACUAUUCGAACCCAAAUUGCCUCAAACUUAGCCCACUAACCAAAACGAAUGUUAUUAAAGGCCAUAUAAAUAACUA